GCAAAGUUUGGAACGAAAGAUGGCAUCUAAAAAACUUGGUCAAGUUUUUAUCAGGAAUUCGGCACUUUUUCUGUGCGAUAUGCAGGAAAAGUUUCGCCCAACAAUCCAGUAUUUUCCUCAGAUUGUGGAGGUUGCAUCCAGGAUGUAUAGAGCAGCUAAAAUCAUGGAAAUUCCCACAAUAAUCACAGAACAGUACCCAAAAGGACUUGGUCCAACAGUUCCAGAAAUCGGAGUAGAACGUGAAACCGACACAAUCCUCUCCAAGACGUGUUUCACCAUGUGCCUCCCGCAGGUUGAAGAGAAGUUAAAGGAGAUAGGGACGGAGUCUGUGAUUCUAUGUGGGAUAGAAACACAAGCUUGUAUUCAGAAGACGGCGUUGGAUCUCUUGGAGCGAGGGCUAGAUGUCCAUAUUAUUGCAGACGCGUGCUCGUCUCGGAGUAUGGUGGACAGGAUGUACGCCAUAGAGAGGUUGCGUCAGUCUGGUGCCUUUAUAACAACCAGUGAGGGAAUGUUACUACAACUCCUAGGAGAUGCUAAACAUCCACACUUCAAAGAAGUCCAGAAACUAAUCCAAACCUCGGCACCUGAUUCUGGAUUACUGAGUAAAAUGUAGAGCUGGGCUUUAUGUGAAACUUUGGCUUAAGCCAGCCUCAGGUCCACCUUGCGUCAACAAUAAACAUUCGACAACUGACUUUUCAGGAUCACACUGCGCCUGAGCUUAGACCAUCGGAAACUUUUAAAGGCAGUGGACACUAUUGGUAAUUGACAAAGACUACCAUUCACAGUUGGUGUAUCUCAAC